AUGUCCCAGGCGCAAGACGUUUGGAACGAGCAGCACUGGAGAACGUGGACGUGGCGGAGAAGAAAAGAAAGUCUCGACGGCGACAGAGAAGUAAAGCGACAGCCUAGAUCUCGCUCCUCCAAAGGACUAUUGUUUUGGGUCGCCGAGGGCGUGGAAUGCCUGGCCUUGAAGCCAAGGGAUCAGCCCGAGAAAGGUAUGCGCACCGGCACCGUACAAUCUCUGGACCACACCACGAAUUUCUCGGGUUGA